GAGCACUCGGAGCUGCGCGAGGGAUUAUUCGUUAGGCCCUCCUCCCUCCGCGACGGGGCACCCAGUGAGCGCAAGUAAACACGGGAGCUCGAGCUGGUAGUGAGGACGCAAAAGACCCCAAAAGCGCAGCGAUGGAUCCCUCUUCGACCAUUGGGGAGUUCUUCCACACACUCUGUGAGAUGGGCUUCAGCGAAGCACAGAUUCAGACAGCGAUACAGGCAGGACACUUCUCUGUGCCAGAGGCCACAGAAUGGCUUCUUCAAGGGGGGAGUCCUCGGCACAAACUAGUCAAGCAUUCCCCACAAGCUGGAGAGACCGCGUUCUCUGCUUUCAACCCUCCGAAACACCAGGAGACACCCAGCAGCAUGCAAGUGCAGCCAGACCACGAAGACUCUGGAAAAGGUGUCCCAUCGCUUUCCACUCCUGCGGCAGACCCCCUUCCCCUGGGGUCUCGCAUCAAGCAGGACAGGAGCAACUUUGAGGAGCAGCAGAGACAGCGCGUGGCGCAGGAGGCGCGGGCCGAGAAGAGACAGAAGAAGCAGGAGCGGGAGCUGGUACUGAAACGAAUCGCGGAGGAUCGGCGGAGCCUUCAGGAGAAGUCUCAGGCGAGCAGUCAGAGCUCCGGCUCAUCUUCCACAGCGCAGAGACUCGGGGGCAGGGUGCAGACCAGCGUGGAUAACCACUGCAUCCUCAUGAUCCGGCUGCCCUCUGGGGAGUCCAUGCGAGAGCGCUUUCCGGCGGAUGCCCCGCUACAAAGCGUGAUGGAACAUAUCUCGGGGCGCCACCCGUCCCUGUCCUCCUUCGCCCUUCUCCAGGGAUUUCCCCGCAAGCGCUUCAGCGAGGCAGACCUUUCCUGUUCACUGCGUUCAUUGGGCCUUACCCCCAACGCUGCCCUCUGCAUCCAGACGACACCCCCCGAAACGUCCCCGGAAUUGCCCAACCCGGAGGGUCGUCUCCAGUGGGGUAGGGAUGCAGCACCAUCCCCCAACGGGUUGCCCCUUCCGGAAGGUGACCCGGUGGAGGAGGAGCCAUCACUGCCUCCUCCUCCUCUUCCCCGCCAGCUGUGGGAGGAGGCUGUGGCUAAUGCUGGUAUUCCUGGAGUGGACCCUCCCUUCUCUGGACCUUCUCAUAACUGGGGACGGGGGCAAAAACUAGUUGCAGGUGGUGAAGAGCAGGGUUCCAGCUCCAGUGAGGAGGAGGAGGACGAGGACGAGCCAGCAGAGCAAGAAAAUGUGGACCCACCUUUCAUCAUUCCUGGUCUACCUCGGCUGCCCUUUUUUCCCGAAAACCGAGCCCGUGGGGUAGCGGAGGGUCGGCACCACUGGCCAGACCAAGGCAACAGACUUGGUGAAGGACCCCUGGGGGAUGAAGGAGAUCCCCAGGGUAGAAGACUGGUUCCAAGGGCAGCCGGUCAAGCUGCGGUUGAUCGCCUCCAGAGAGCUGCUCUCCAGGAGGAGUCACUGGCCACCGCAGGCCACCCAUCCCCACCCAAAAGACCCUUUAAGAUGCCAACUGUGCCCUCGCUCUGCACAAUGGCCACCCGUGCUACUGUCGCCUUGAUGACAGCACCCAGCAUGCAGUACAGCAGCAGUCUUGCGUGUCUGACUCCGGAGCUGGUCGAGCUCCUGCUCAACCACAUGUCUCGCGAAAGGCUGCUGCGGCCCCGCACCCUCGAGCUCUUCUUCGGCUGUCCCUUGCAGAAGUUUGUCCUCAACAGCUACCCGUAUUCCACCAAUGAAAUGCUGCGGCAGCUGAGGGCCUUUCCAGCCCUGAAGAACCUCAGCCUGGUCAACUCACCUCUCAUCACAGAUUCUGGCCUCUCUGUGCUCAGCAGCCUGCAGAAGCUCCAGCACCUGAACCUGGCCUCCUGUACCAUGCUCACAGACUCCUGCCUACAGCACAUUAAAGGUUUGAAGGUGCUUUCCUCCUUGUCCUUGGACCAGACCAAAGUGAGUGACGUGGGCAUGGUGCUGUACCUGCAGUUGGCACCCUCGUCGCUCGUCCAGCUCAGCCUAAACCAGACAUCUGUGACGGAGGCGACUCUUGAGGCGCUGCCCAGCUUCGUGCCACAGCUGCGACUGCUCAGCGUGAAACACACCAAGGUGAGCGAUGUGUCAGCAGUGGCAAGGCUGAGUUGCCUGCAGACGCUAUACCUGGAUGGGACAACCGUGACAGAGAAGUCCUUGGAGUGUCUGGCAACCCACCCCACACUGUGUGCCCUUGGUUUGGGUGGCAUCGCCGUUACUGAUGGCAACCAAGCGCUUCAGAUUAUCUCAGGCCUCAGGCUCACCCACCUGACCCUACCAGGACGGCACUCGGUCACAGAUAGUGGGCUGGCCUUCCUGUCGAGGCUAUUGCUGCUGUCAGAGCUCGACCUGACAGACUACACCCAAGUCACAGACAAGGGCAUAGCCCACCUUGGCAAAAUGAUCAGGCUGAAGAAACUUUCUCUCAGUAACACACUUGUGACUGAUGAGGGGCUCCCAGCCCUCCGCAGCUUGCAGGAGCUUCUGGAGCUGUGUCUGGACCGCACCGGUGUCACUAGCCGAGGCGUCGCUGCCUGCGUCAUCUGUCUGCCACACCUGCAGGUCCUAGGCCUGGCAAGCACCCGGGUGGGAGACAACGUGAUCCGGCGAGGCCUGCUGCAUUGCCCCCAGCUGCUGAAGCUGAACCUGAGUCGAACCCGCAUCACAGAUCAUGGUCUGAAGUUUCUGCGUCAGAUGCACCUGAACCAGGUGAAUCUGGACGGGACGGGCGUGACCCUCUCAGGCAUCACCAACUACGUAUCCUCCUGCCCUCACGUCAUCAGUAUUCGUGCCAGCCAAACACGGGCCAUCCCUCCUGAGCAGGUCUCAGAUGAUGACAGCGCUGACGCCGAUGACCCAAGACAAUGAGCCCAGGUGCCCGUGGAUCUCCAAAGAGUCACUGCAGAUGGCAUGAGCUGGGAGGUGUUGCUGCCAGCAUGCUUCACAUUGCAGCUGCAUUAUGCAAAAUUAUCCGGCAAUGCAUGCUGGGCAGUAUCGAAAAUCUGCAAAGACUUUUUUCCUCCUCCUCUCUAUUCCUUGCAUCAUUACAGAGAACACAAAGCCAGACAUUUUUAAUUCCAGUAUGACCCUCAUACUAUGCAUGCGUCCCUUUCAUUCUUUUAUUCUUUCAUUCAGGACAGUAAAUUACAGUUACGCUGGUUACGAAAUAUGCGAACUAACAAAUGCUUACAUCUGUCAAAGCUUUAAAGGCCCACAGGUCUCGGAAGAGCAAAUACGGUAUUGAACCUAUAAAAUUUUCAGACAUCUAAACAACCCCAUUUUUUUUUUAAGUUUAGUUCACCACUCAGAUAUAUUGCACUACUUGAAAUUAUUAAAAUGCUGACGAGGGUUUGCCCAAAUGAGGAAUUGGGGAGAGACAGAAAUAUUUCAUGAACGUUUAUUACCAUGCUUCAUCUGUUCGCCCCUCCAAAACAAGUCAUAUCUUAAAAUUAAAAUGAGGAUAUUCAGUUUCUGGUAUGCUUCAGUUGCUGGUUUUACAGAUUCUCUGAGAUGUUCCUGUUUGCACUUUGGGAGAGGUGAGAAUAGAUCAGUGUAUAAACACCUACUUCACCUUUGUGAGAAUGGAUUUUGACCGUCUCUUUGGUUUGGCGCCUUCGCUGCAGUGUUUUUCAUCCCCACUGGACUACCUGCUUCUUUCUUCCUCGUGAGAUAGGAGUUAUACUCAUAUUACUACACGUGGCACAGGGUAGUGAAAUGAUACCAAGAAAAAUGGUGAUAUAUAUGAAAAGGGGGAACAUGAAGUAGUGAUAUUUCUAUGCAGACUCCAUUGUUGUGGUGUUCAGUCCAAAGUUCUUUGUAAUGGUCUCUUUCAUUUUAUAAAGCCUGUAUAGCACAUGUUUUGGGACGGGUUUUCUCCCCGACAGUUCAUCUGGCUCAUCUACAUGAAAAACUCCUCCGAAAUGGCCAUGAAUAAUGGUACCAUGUCGUUUAAAAAUGAUCACUGCUGCGCAAGUCCUCAUUGCAUAGUUUUACAGCACUAGUCAAAAUUUGGCAUCAGAUGACUCGGAUGUAAAGAAUACUUUUUUUUAGAUGUAUACUGCAAUGUUUAAAAAACCGCUGUAUAAAGUUAAUACCGAAUUAAUAAAUAUUGCAUUUUGAAGAGGAAACUAUAUAUUUACGUGUAUUUUAUCUCUGAAGGACUUGUUUCAUUCCUUUAAUCCAAAGAAAUGGAACUGGUCUUGGAUUUCCCUAUGAAGAGAGGGUGUUCAUCGGAGGCAUGGUGGCUCAGUGGGUAGAACUGUGAUUUCUGGGCAUGGGUUCGUUGCCCUGUGAUGGACUGGUGUCCCAUCCAGAGUGCACCCUCUUUCUCUGGGAUAGAUUCGGGACCACAGCGACCCAACAUGGACAAGCAGUUAUUGACAAUGGAUGGAUUUACUAAUCAGUUACACUACAUUAAUUAGAGAAUUUUCUCCAAUUCAAUGUACAAUAAUUAUUUUUUACGUAUCUAAAGUAAGUAUUUAAGUACUUUGUCCAAGGUGACAUACAGUGCUUGAUACAC